GGCUGAGCCUUUGAAAACCGCCUCUCCGGAAUGGCUCCUGAAGGGGAAGGGGUUGGGCUCACGCCUGUCAUGGCCUCGCCUCUCGCUCACGUGACUGUGGUUCCUGUGGGUCCGGGGCUGUCGCUUGGCGCAAAGGCUGGCGAGCGGAGGCAGCCGCGAUCGUCGCGGCGGCGGCGGCGGCGGGCAGCGAAUGGGGGAGCCGAUGCCCGUGGGAGCGCCAGUCCCGGUGGAGCAGGCAGUGCUGGAGACGUUUUUCUCUCAUUUAGGCAUCUUCUCUUACGACAAGGCCAAGGACAAUGUGGAGAAGGAGCGCGAAGCGAAUAAGAAUGCCGGGAGCAGCUGGCUUUCGCUCCUGGCCGGGCUGGCCCAUUUGGCGGCGGCUGAAAAAGCCUACCAUAGCAUGACCUUCCUGGGCCAGAAGCUAGGUGGGCAAUCAUUCUUCAGCCGUAAAGAUUCUAUACGAACUAUAUAUACGUCUCUACAUAAUGAGCUGAAGAAAGUGGUAGCAACUGGUCGGAAUGCAGUGGGAGGAACAGCUCCUCACCUUGAAGAACUACUUUCUCAUCUUUCUGAGCAGCUCUGCUUCUUUGUCCAGGCUCGGAUGGAAAUUGCUGACUUUUAUGAAAAAAUGUACAGCCUCAGUACCCAAAAGUAUAUAAACUCUGAGGAACUGAUAAAUGUUUUGGAAUCCAUCCUCAAAAGAUAUAGCUCAAGAUUUCAUCAUCCAAUCCUUAGUCCUCUGGAGGGCAGUUUUCAGUUAGAAACUGAUGUGCUUAUGCAUCUUCUGAAGGCUCAGGCCCAGAUCUCUGAAUGGAAGUUCCUCCCAUCCUUGGUCCACUUGCACAAUGCUCACACCAAAUUGCAGACAUGGGGACAGAUUUUUGAGAAGCAGCGGGAAACAAAGAAGCAUCUCUUUGGUGGGCAGUCUCAGAAAGCUGUUCAACCUCCACACCUUUUCCUGUGGCUAAUGAAAUUGAAAAAUAUUCUCCUUGCCAAAUUUAGCUUUUACUUUCAUGAGGCACUUAGUCGACAAACAACCCUAUCUGAAAUGAAAACUUUGACUGCAAAAGCUAAUCCUGAUUAUUUUGGGAAAAUCUCUAGCUUCAUCAGGAAAUACGAUGCUAUUAAUGUUUCAUUAAUCUUUGACAAUCGUGGCUCAGAGAGCUUUCAGGGACAUGGUUAUCAUCAUCCCCAGUCCUACAGGGAAGCCCCAAAGGGUGUAGACCAGUAUCCAGCAGUGGUAUCGCUGCCCAAUGACAGGCCUGUCAUGCACUGGCCUAAUGUCAUCAUGAUUAUGACUGAUAGAGCUUCUGAUCUGAAUACUUUGGAAAAGGUGGUUCAUUUCUAUGAUGACAAAGUUCAGAGCACAUACUUCUUAACCCGACCUGAACCUCAUUUUACCAUUGUGGUUAUUUUUGAAUCCAAAAAGUCUGAGAGAGACUCUCAUUUUAUCUCUUUCCUCAAUGAAACGUUCUAUUCUCUUAAGAACUCUAAAGCUUUUGCAAGCCUGAAGCCAGGAUCCAAAGGGUAAGAGGACUGUUAAGACAAGAUAGACAACAGUAACACAACACAUUCCAAGCUUCCUCAAAUAAGCAUUUGUACAUGAUGUCAUUAUUUUUAAAACUAUUUUAAUAAGUAUUUAAUGAUGAAAAUUAAAUUAUUAAGCAUUUUUGGAAUGAAAAAUCAGAAUUAUAUAGAAUUGAAUGGGAACAUGCAAAUUACACAAAGGUGCACUAAAAUUAUCUGGAGUUUUGAUCAACUUUUUUUUUUGUCUGUGACCCUUGUUCUUCCUAUAUGCACUUUAUCUUUUGUUACUUCUUUGUUUAGGGUCUGCAGAAAAUUUGGUUUCAAAUUUUCAACCCAGAGCUCACUGUCUUCUCUUAAAGUGUUUUUCAGUCAUAGUCACUGGAAAAUGCUAGAACUUAGAAGGAAAUAAUUGCAAUAAAUGAAAUGCAUUGUAGAAUGAAGUAUUUUAUUUUUCCAUUGCUUCUGCACCUUUCAGAUAGUUAUAAAAGCUUGGUUUGGCAUUCUGUAUUUUUCUAAUGUGAUACAGAAAUUAUUCUGAAAUUCCUUACAUUUACAUACCUUAUUUCCUCGAAAAUAAGACCCUGUCUUAUACUUUUUUGAACCCUGAAAUAAGCGCUAGGACUUAUUGCCAUAUUAUCAGGGGGUGUCUUAUUUGGGGGGAAACAGAAAAGAAACUCAUUUUAAAGCUGCAUUUUAAAGUUCAUUUUAAAGCUGCAACAUUACUGGCAAAGUUGAGCAGCAAUAAUUUUCAAUCCUAAAACUAAGUGCUGAGGGUUAACAAGUGGAGUUUUUUAUUAAAUUAAUGAUAUUCUGUAAUUAAAUUUGAAUGUUAAUAACAUUUAAAAAUUAGAAAAGAAAAAUAGAAGCAGGAAGAUAUGUAAAAUAAUACAGAAGGAACUGUACAGUAUUAUAAAAAUCUGGUAAAAUGAUUACCAGGACAAAAUUACAAAUCAGGAUUAGUAUUUUAAAUACUAAGUGCUAACUAAAAUAAUAAAUGGUAUUUUGGC